UAUUAUAAAAAAGAAUUUGUGAAAUUGUGUGUUUAUUAGUUGAAAAUGUAAAUUUAAUAACAAUUAUAUUAAACAAAAUACCUAAUAAAUAAAACGCCAUUUUUUAGCAAAGUUACUGUGCUUCUUUUGUUGUGUUAAACUUGAUCCUUUCAAAAAGAUAUAUUCUCUUCCCCAAAUUUCAAAUCUAAAGAGCUCUUUCUUUAAAGUGCUCUAAGAUUGUUUUCUUUCUGCCUAACGAAUGGCUCUAUCGCUGGUUGCUUCCCUACCACAUCAUCAAUCUAGUUAUUUUGAUAUACAAUCUUUUUUGGAUCCUUAUUCUUUGGAAACUCAUAACGACACUCAAACCAUUUCGAAUUAUACGAGUGCUAAUCAAUCGUUAAAUCAACAGCAAUAUAUGCAGCAUCAGCGUUCUACGAAAUUUGUUUUAAACAAUUAUCACAACAACAACAACAACAACGAUUUAAUGGAGUUUAACAAUAGUUCAAAUAAUUUACAAACGACUUCAGUACUGCAGCAGCAUAAUAGUCAAAUAACAACAAAUAUUGCACAGCAACUUUCUAAUACAACAAAUCGCAAUUUAAUGAGUGGUUUUCAUCAUCAACAUUUUGGUGCCGAAUAUGAACCAGUUAUAACAUUUGUUGACUCUCCCCCAAAUUCUGAAGAGUCUUGGCCGGACGAUCAAUCGAAAGAUUCGCCAGGUCCACAGAUAAUUGACGUCCAAACUAUAUAUUCAAAUAGUGGAUCACGUAAAAGACGAAUGGAUUGGGAUCCUUUGGAUAUCGCUCAGAGUGAAAGCACUGCUUCUACACAAACUGGCGAGUUACCAGCUAAAAUUUCUACACAUCAAUUGUUGGAAAAGGAUAAAUAUAAAAAGGAACGAUUAAGUAGUGGUCGUGGCACAUGGAGCGAUGAUAUUGGUUUUGAUUUAAAUGCGGAAUUUAAUAGUAAUUCCUAUUUGAAUAAUGAAUCCUUUAUGACAUUUGCAUCUGGCUUACCCACCGCUCUUAAGCAAGAACCUCAAACAGAUCAAUUGAAAAUCAAUAAAAGUUCAUUGAACAUUCAUCAACAAGAUCCGGGUAAUUUAAAUAUUUCAACCAAAAAUGAUAAGACACUGACAACGACAGUAGCAGUAGCAGUAGCAGCAGCAUCACUAACGCCAACCGGUGGUGGUCAUAUAGAAACAACAACCGAAAAAGUGAACAAAAAUGAUUUGAUUGACAGUCAUCAUUGCAGCAUUUUGGAUCAAAACACAAAUGAAAACAAGGGAAAUAAUCAAAAUAGCAACGAUCAGGCACGCAACUCUUCUAUGACCCAUCAGCUUUUAACUGUCGUAGAUGCCAGUAAAAUUGAACAAAUACCCACAGUACGAGACGCAACUGCAACAUCUACAACUUCCAAUUGCGAUGACUAUAAAUUUCAGUACAUAUUAGGUGCUGCCACAUCUAUUGCCACAAAAAAUAAUGAAGACACACUAACCUAUUUGAAUCAGGGACAAAGUUAUGAAAUAAAACUUAAGAAAAUCGGUGACUUAUCCUUGUAUAGAGAUAAAAUCUUAAAGAGCGUAAUUAAAAUAUGUUUCCACGAACGUCGUCUACAGUAUAUGGAACGUGAACAGAUGCAACAAUGGCAGGCCUCACGUCCCGGUGAACGUAUUAUAGAAGUUGAUUUACCCUUAUCCUAUGGUCUCUGUCACGUUUCACAACCUUUAAAUCCAAAUUAUUUAAAUACGGUUGAAAUCUUAUGGGAUCCUUUGAAAGAGGUUGGAGUUUAUAUUAAAGUCAAUUGUAUAUCAACAGAGUUUACACCGAAAAAACACGGUGGCGAAAAGGGUGUACCAUUUAGAUUACAAAUUGAGACAUAUGUUGAGAGUUCAAAUACUAAUAAUUUGAAUAAUAAUAAUAAUAAUAAUAAUAAUAAUAAUAAUAAUAAUAAUAAUAAUAAUACAGUGGCGGCGGGAACUAAAUCUCCUUUGGGAGUAGCAGGUGGAAAUUCUCCUUCACAGGCUGGUAAUUUAACACCGAAUAGUUCGGUACUGAGUCUGGGUGUAGCAAAGCAUCCUAUCCAUGCUGCAGCUUGCCAAAUAAAGGUUUUUAAAUUAAAAGGUGCCGAUCGUAAACAUAAACAAGACAGAGAAAAAAUCCAAAAACGACCACAAUCGGAACAAGAUAAGUUCCAACCAAGCUACGAGUGUACAAUUAUGACAGACAUACCAUUGGAAUUAAUAGCACCAACAACAAAUACCAAUACAAAUGGUUGCUUUAGUCCAGAAUACAUGAAGGUAUGGCCAAAUUCUCCUGUACAUAUGCCCAAAUAUGAUGGUAUAAUACCAUUUACUAGUGCCUCACCAAAUGCCAACGCUAGUCCCAUAGCUAUAAAUAGUGUUUCCUCAACAAAUUCAACAAAUCUUAAAAUAAUGGAUCCAAAUAGUAUGGUUAAUGCAUCGAACAUGCUCUCCGAUAUCGAUGAAUAUAAUCCAAUUACAAUUAUGCCUGAAUCUACACCGGCACAAGUGACUCACUGGUUAACCUAUCAUCGUUUAACAUCAUACUUAUCAACAUUUGCCCAUUUUUCGGGUGCCGAUAUUAUGAGAAUGUCUAAAGAGGAUUUAAUUCAAAUCUGUGGUCUUGCCGAUGGCAUACGCAUGUUUAACAUUUUACGAGCCAAAGCCAUAACACCACGUUUAACUUUCUACGUCAGUUUAGAUGGGAAUAAUUUUAAUGCCGUAUAUCUUAUAUCAAAUACAUCUAAAGAACUAUCACAAAAACUUUUUAAACUUCCAGGAUUUUAUGAAAUUAUAGCCAAAAGUUCAACACACAAUGGCGGUCCUGUGCCCGCUACUGGCGGCGGUAACAACUCCCUGAUGGACAAUUCAACACCAUUUCAUGCAUGGGGUAUGCAUUCGAAAUAUUCGGGAAGUGGUUAAAUAUUCAAUGAUGUCAAUAAUAAAAGUUUAAUUUAUGUUACCGGUCCCGCUGGUAUACAUGUCGCCGUUACCGAUGAAGUUUUAAAUAAUGAAAUACGUGAUGGUAGUUUAUAUGGUCUAGAAGUACAAAAUGGAAAAGUUAUUAUGAAAUUAAUCAAUAAAAAUGAAAAUUAGUUAUAAAUAUUUACAUACACACAUACAUUUGUGCAAGAAAAAUGCAUUUAUGUUUGGAAUUUCUUUUAUAUGAAAAUGAAUGUUAU